CAGAAACCUUGAGUCCUUGUGCAAAGCUUGAGAGAAAAAGAAGCAGACGACAGGUUUUGCAAUGCUAGCUUAAAAGCAAUCUUCUGUAUUUGGAAAAUUUCCUCAUAACCAGAUGGAAAACAGCUGAUUUAACAGUACUACUUCUACAUGGCAAAAUGGUGAACUAGGAACGGGUGAUGUCACAGCGGAACAGGUGCCUUCUUGGAUGGUAGAAAUAUCUCGCCUUUGAUUGGUUAAAACUGUGCACCAAUUGUUAUUAGCUAAGAUGUGGGUGAAGUUAUUGAGGCCAUGGUUGAGGCUGUACAGAGGGGCACUGGUGGAGGACAGCAGAAUGCCUCAGUGUUUGCUUAUUUACAAAUCUUUUACAAAUAAUAGCAUAUCUUCACCAGUUUCUGUCAAUUAUACUUCUGUAAGAACGUUGAUGAAGAAGUCGCCAAAUACAUCAGAAGUUAAUGCUGUGCUGGACAAGCAAGACAACCCCAAAAUCCAACUAUUUGGUUUGGAGAAUGAACUGAUGGCUGUGCUUACGAAGCAUCAAGCUAAAGCUCAAGCUGAGAAACGUGGCCUUAAGCUGGUGGAGGUUGAUGGAACAGCCAAACCUUACCCGGUCUAUCAGCUGAUGACUGGCAAAGAUUUGCAUAAACAACAAAUGGAACAACGACAAAAUAAGAAAGGAAAACUCACAGAGAAGUCCUUCAGACUGGCCACUAAGAUAUCACAGCAUGAUUUAGACAUAAAACUGAAGCAGAUGGAGCAAAACCUGAUGAAAGGAAACCGUGUGAAGCUCAUUGUAAACACAACAAAGUUUUCUUCUCCUCAGGAAGGCGGUGAGGAACGCAGUAAGAUGUUGAAGAUUGUAACAGGCCAUCUGAAGGAGUUUGCCAUAGUGAGUAAGGCCAGUGAUACAGGCAAAGAUUUGAUGGUAGUGUUCAAACCUCUGCAGUCUGAAACCACAGAAGAGAGCAACGAUUGCUGACCAGCAUGACCAGUGAGAUCUUGUACAAUCCAGGGACAAGCAUUGUACUGGUACAGGGUGUUUGAGGUGUGACAGAAACAGUUUCUCAGUGUUAAUAAGGAUGGUUGUGACACUACAUCCACUGUGGUCUUACUCAAACAAAACUUUUAAAAUAUCAACAAGUCUCGAAGUAUUGUUACCUAGACUGGAUAUCAAAGGAAAAUCCAUGUGACAGCCCCCAUUCCCAUUCCCCAGAACUGUGUUGAAUUAUAACUCAUCAGUUAUAUGCGAGCAUCUCAAGAGACUCGUCUCACAGUAGACACCUUGUGACAUGUGACUGCAUUUCUAUUGUGACUAUUUGCUGGAAGGCAACACGACCAGCCUUUGACCAAUGUUUGAAUCUAGAGUCCACUGGAUGGGUAACAGCUUUAGGCGUAUUACACCUGAUUCCUUGUUUCCCAUUACUGCCCAUAUCAGAACACAUUAAUUCAUUUUUAGCUCACCUGUACUUUAGCUUAUAUCGUAGCUUAUACCCUGGGCAUUGGUUUUGGUGUCCAAAUUAAAAGGGAAAGCAGUGUUGAACAAAAUGUUGGGGUGGUGUCCCAAAAAGUACUGAGCUGAGGUCUCACAUACAGGUAAAGCACAAUAACAUGAGAGCAAGGAUUCGUCGUUGAUACGCUGUGUGCAUAUUAAAUACCGCAGAUUACAACAUUCACAACUGUUGUUUAUUACACUCAGUGUUAAGGUAAAUGUUACGAGUGGUAUCUCUUGUAGUACAAGGGGUCUCUGCGGCUCAGUUUGUUAGCACGCUUGCACAGUGUAAUGACCCAGGAGCCUUUAACCAUUGCGGCCGCUGUGAGUUUAUGCUGACUUUCUCUUUGGCUGUAAGUGGGAAGGUCUGCCAGCAGCCUGCAGAUGGAGUGGGUUUCCCUUGGGCAGAGUCUGGUUUCGUCCCACCAUAAUGCUGGGCACUGUCUGCAUGUAUUGCACUGAAGUUUUACAUGCACACAGAGAACAAUGACACAAGCGGGGUAUCUUCCAUUGGUGAUUAAUAUUAAUCACCUCAAAAUACCAGUUCAGACUGUCAGUAUGUUAUGUAUUGAGCUGAAAUUUUGCAUUCACGUCUCCUGGCAAGCUCUUUGGUAGCCUUGCUACCAAAUCUAAGUUUUGCUAGAAACUCUCAGAAAGGGUGGCAUAAUCACAAAAUAAUCAUGAAAAAUGAAAACAGUUCCAACACCUGCUGUAAUUUUUUAACAUACUGUGACAGGGAAACAAGGAAUUAAGUGCCGUUAUCCUUACCCUUGGAUGUUUAUUUGGCACCUGGGCAUGUUUGAGUCUAGCCCCCACUGGAUUGGUUACAGCUUUACCUUGGGGACUUUCCUUGAUACGUGGGUUAUUUUCCAGUUCCCUUUGUGUCAUUGCACUUUAUAUGCAUGGAAAACUACUGGUCAAUACAUGCUGUACUUUUCGAUAUACAUUUUGUUUAAGUUUGAUUCUAAUACAAAUAUUCAGGUCAGGAAUUUGGUAAUAUGCACACAUCGUAAUGAUGGAAUAUCCCCCUGGUGUUACUGCGCUCUACAUGUUUGCAAACCCCUAACAUUUUGUUUAACAUUGAUUCUAACACACAAUACACUACACGUAUGUCAGGAAUUCAGUAGUUUACAGUAUUAAGUAUGUACAUGCUGAAUCAACGAUGGAAUAUCCCCAACAUACUCAACUUUAUGUUCAUUUCCUAUCUUAGUUACCUAUCAAGGUUCCUUACAGUAAUUAAGCAAACUAUAUUUCAGUUACACAUGUCAAAAGGGUCAGUCACAAACUCAAAAAGGAUUUGUACAUGUCAGUAUUCUUUUUAGAAUUUCAUGUGAAUUGUAGUUUUAAGUUGGCCCCAUAUGGGUAACUUUCACUGGAGUCCACGUUGAAUCUGCAACACAAAAAGUUGCACACACUGCACACAGGCCACACUCCAGGAAAGACCACGAAAUUCUUUUGUUCAUGAUUCCACGUGGCCGUAAGUGGAAGUUACCUAUACAUAUUCAGCUAAGGUAAUUAUGCAUGACCUUCAUAAUCAGAUAUAUACCAUGAAUUUUCAUGUGUAUUUGCUUAGUUGUCUUGCUGAGGACUGCUGAUGUAAAUGACAUCAGUGCACUUGAUGACAUCUUUUUGAAGUCUUGAGCAUAAUCUGCCUGGGUUUGCAGGUAAAAAUUUGGUCUGUAUUCUAGAACACUAUAGACUACAGGGUCUCAAGACGAUUUUGCUUGAUGUUUGAAAAGGAACAUUUUUUCACAAAAAUGAUGUAUACGUGCAUUAUAUCAGCAUAGUUCUGCUGUCAUAGAUUCUCAUUAAAUGACUUUGAAGAACCACCCGAAUGAACCAAAACAAAUCCAGAUUUUCAAAGGCCUUGAAUUUUCUGAAUUGUAUUUAAAAGAAAAGAACACAUUUAUGCCUGCACAUGCUUAGCUUUAGCUCUUUAGGGCAUGGCAUUCCAGACACAUUUUGGCAACCUACAGCCACACGUUGUAAAGUAUAAGGAUUAUGUGUCACUUCGAUCUUGUAUGUUUUAUCUGUAACGGUACUGUGGCUGUUAUAGCUGCACGACGUUUGGUGCAUGCCUCGCUAUGUUUGUAAACAAAACAAACGCUUGGUGCGUUGUUUGUUGUCAGUUCUGUAAAUACCACUCGCUCUUGAGUUGCAUGGCCUAAAGUCGAACAGUGAUGUCUACAUCCAGAAUUAGUUUGCAGUAAGAGCUGAACUGUUUUUGAUAGAUGGCGUCUGGGUGAUGGAUUGUUAUUACGUGUAUCUAAAACAUUGUGUGAUUUGUUUUAGUGGCUAGGAGGUAAGAUUGGCCGCACCCAGAACAUUCCAAAAUUCCUGUCAUAGCAGACAGGAUAGAUUAUAUAUAUAAGCUGGGGAGUCCCAAAGAAAGUGGUGGACUACAAGGCACGGCUUAGAACACGAAAGUGAAUGUGUUCAUGUAGGAGAAAGAAGUACGCUUUAAUAUGUAGUUGAAAGCGUCUUUUCGGCCUGGCCGGCCAUUUACUCCCGGCAGAGGCUUGCAUGUACAUUGAGAGUUCCUGGUGCGAACCAACAGCCAGCCAUCAAUAAA